CUUAAAAAAGAGGCAGAAAUGGAGAAUGAACUAGCCAUCCCCUUUAUCAACUUCGACAAGAAGUUUGUCGUUGAUGAUAAGGCCAUUGAAUAUCUAUCCAGGUUUAAGCAAAAGAUUGGGCUCAUUGCUAUCUGAGGAAAAUACAGAACUGGGAAAUCAUUCUUGCUUAAUAAGUUGAUGCAAUUUCCCGGAGAAAAAUGCCCGCAAGAAAUGGAAGAAAUAAUCGAAAGCCCCUCAUCUGCUGGAUUUGAAGUAGGGCCUACAAUUAAUCCAUGCACUAAAGGAUUAUGGAUUCUAAAGAAGCCUAUAUAUGUUAAGGACCCGGAAAAUCAGAGUAAUCUAAUGCCUGUCUUCAUUAUCGAUACUGAAGGAUUAGAAGCAAUAGAUGAGGACAAAUCUCACGAUACUAAAAUUUUUGUUCUAGCUUUAUUAAUAUGCUCCCUACUCAUCUUCAAUAGUAGAGGAACUAUUGAUGAAAAUGCUCUAACAACGCUGUCCUUAGUAGCAAAUCUUGCAGAGUCUAUCAAAUACAGUGCUCAUGGAAGCAAUGAUGAUGACUUAGUGAAUCAGUUCCCUUCAUUUCUUUGGGUUCUAAGAGAUUUUUCUCUCAGAAUGGUCAGCGAAACGGGUGAUCCAAUUACUACCAAGACUUACCUCGAGAACAGUCUUUCUGAAACAAAAGGAGGAAACGAAGCUGCCAGAUCUAAAAAUAGAAUAAGAAUGGCUAUCAAGCAUUACUUCAGAGAAAGAGAUUGUCAUACUCUAAUCAGACCAACUGAAGAAGAGAAGAAGCUCCAAGCUCUCAACGAUACUGAUGACUCAGAAUUAAGAGAAGACUUUCUUAACCAACUUAGUAGACUUAAAGAGAAGGUGUUCAGAAAAGUGAAACCAAAGAAGAUUAAUGGAGAAUACCUUAACGGUCCAAUGAUCAUUGAACUUGCUAAAGCUUAUGUAGACUCUUUCAAUCGAGGAGGGGUUCCUACAAUAGAAAGUGCUUGGGACUAUAUGCGAACUGAGGAGAACUUAAAAGCAUGCAAUAAUUCUAUCAACAUUAUCAAGAAAGAAGUGGCCAACCUUCAGACAAAGCUCCCAAUAGACACGGAAGAACUAAAAUCUUUCAGAGAAAUUGUUAGAAGAAGUGCUGAAGAAAACUUCUCAAAGAGCGUUAUCUCUGGCAUUCCAAAGGAGGAAGAAAAAGAGUUUCUUCAGAAGAUCAAUAAAUACCUCCAAGAAGCAAUGAAAGAUCUUGAAUCAAGAAAUACUUCAAAGUCCUCAGAGUUAGUGAAGAAACAUUUCGAAAAGAAUUUCAAAAACAUUGUGCGCCAAAAUUUGCGUGAGGAUAAAUAUCCCACUUACGAAGACUACGAAAAAGAUCUUGAAACUUUCAAGGAAGAGUUCAAAGAAUUAUUCCCAGGGAGACAUUUUGAAGCCUGUUUGGAUCCAUUCCUACAAAAAUUUAAUUCCCAAGUGCACAAAGACAUCUCUAUGGUGGCUACCAAGAAGCUUGAGUUUCAAUUAGCCACUGAGAAGGAAAGAGUCAAGAGAGCAGAAAGAGAACUCAUUGAAGGAAAAGAAGACCUCCAUAAAGAGAAAGACAGGAUCUCUAAGAAGCUUUCUGAUCUUGAGAAUGAACGAAUCCAAAACUUAUCUAAAAUAGAAAUUCUUAAUGAGAAGCUCAAAUAUGCUAACAACGAUAAGGGGGAGAAAGUCAAGAUGCUUGAAGAGAAAUGUCAGAAGCUAGAGGCUAAAUUGGAAGAGAAAGAAGCUAAAAUCGAGAAACUUGAGGAUAAACUAGAGAACAACAACUCAAAAAUGCUAGAGAGUCAUAAUAAUAUGGUCAGAAGUAGCCAACAGUUCAUGGAAGCGAAGGAUAACAUGGCUAAUGAGAACAUUCAGCUGAAAAGAACGGUCGAAACUUUGAAUAAGAAAUUAGAUGAGAUGAAAUUUAAAUCUAAGGAAGAAGAUCUUGUCAAUAACAUCAUCGAGAAAGUUUCUUCUAAGAAUGAUGAAGAAAAUAGGAAAAUACUACAGGAGAAUACUCUUCUUAAAGACAAGAUUUCUAAAAUUCAGGAAGCAUAUGAUACUCUUGAUGAGCAGUACAGGAAUGCUUGUGAGCAGCAUGAAGAGAAUAAGAGUGUACUAGAGAACCUUCUCUCAGCAGUAAAAUCAAAAAUGAACAAAAAAGAGAGAGAAAGAACAUCUCUAGUUGAGAUCAACAAGCACUUAAAUCAAUUUGUCAGAACUCAAGACCAAAAGAACAUUGAGCUUGAAAACAAGAUUGAUUCGAUGAAAAGAUUCAAGACCUCUGUAAAAAGCUCAUGUGCUCUACAAUGCAAAGGAUGCAAAAAGACAUUCGAAACUGCUUUGUUCUCAGCCCAUGCAAGCUUAUGCCCCCUUCUUGAACAUAACGGACUAAACCUUGAAGUACAAGAAUGUAAUGUCGUUACUAACCAGUCUACUAAAGAGAUGCACUAUGUUUAUAAGAUGAUGGUCUCCUUUGCUGGAGACUCCUGGCUAGAAAACAAGACAUAUAAAGAAUUUUACAAGUUCCAUAAGAAGCUGCUAACUCUAUUCCCGAAGGACGAAUUUUUAGGUGAAUUUGACUUUGAAAAAUUUGAUAAAUAUUCAUCAGACACUGGCGAUCAGAAACAACAUCUCAGCCAACAAAGGCUACUGUUCCUUCAAGAUUAUACCAGGGUAUUGAACAAAGCAUAUUUUUGCCAUUCAGAUUACUUAAAACUUGUGUUUGACAGUAAUAUUUGUGACGAGUCAUCUCUUACUCAGCAGAGUAGUAGCGCAAUGCUCCACAUAGUAAGAUCUAAACCAGCAGUGACUCAACCAAACAAUUUCGGAACUUCCAGCUCCUUAAACCCCUCUACAACCAGACUUUCCGACACCGAAAAAAAACCCAAAGAAGAAAAGUACAUUUCCUUCCUCUCAAUGUCCAAGACUGUUAGAAAAGAUAGCUGUUCUUACAGAAACUAAUUUGUUAAGCAUCAAUUCUAUAAA